CCGCAGCGCCUACCCAUUCAAUUCCAACUUCCAACCCUUUCCUUCCCGGCUUUUAUUUUUUUAUUUUUUUUCUCUGACCCUUCUUUUGGCUACCAAGUCAAAUUUCUUUUUCUUUUUUUUUUCCCAGAUAUUUAUUAUACAGUUCAGCUACCAAGUUCAUCCAAUUCCUUGUUUGGUUGCUGAGAAAAUAAGACAAAGAGAAAACUUGGAUUUGGGAUCUUCCCUGUUUGUGGAUUUGCUUCUGUGGACUGCUAUAUUCAGCUCAAUAAGUUCAUUUGAUUUAAUUAAAGCUCAGCUUGAGAGGGGUGUGUUUGUGAUCUGUCUAGUUCAGGCGGUAUGAGUGGAAGCUACAGCAAUGCGAGUGCGAGUUCAAGCUCGAGUUUAGAUAGCAGCAACCAUGAUACAGAGGAUGAUCAAACCAUUGCAACCAUGUUGGCAGAAGAGGAAAAGGUCAAAGUUGAUCGCAGGCUUGGGAAGAGACUGUCCCACUUAGAUUCGAUUCCGCACACUCCCCGCGUAAAUGGGGAGAUACCUGACGUGAAUGAUGCGACCCAAGACCAUGAGCGCCUGUCGGCAAGGUUGGCAACGUAUGAUUUAUCUGAACUGCAGAUCGAGGGCGAUGGAAAUUGUCAGUUUCGAGCAAUAGCAGAUCAAUUGUUUCGGAAUCCAGAAUACCACAAGCAUGUAAGAAAACAGGUGAUAAAGCAGCUAAAGCAUCACAAAAAACUCUAUGAAGCUUAUGUCCCGAUGAAAUACAGACGCUACCUGAGGAAGAUGAAAAAAACCGGGGAGUGGGGAGAUCAUCUUACGCUACAGGCAGCUGCAGAUCGAUUCGGAGCCAAGAUUUGUUUAAUCACCUCUUUUCGAGACACUUGCUUCAUCGAGAUUCUUCCUAAAGAUGGGAAUCCUACCCUAGAGCUUUGGCUGAGCUUUUGGAGUGAAGUGCAUUAUAACUCCUUGUAUGCAAGUGCAGAUGUUCCGACUAGAACUCCCCGAAAGAAGCAUUGGCUGUUAUUCUAGAGUUAUUUCAAACCGUCUUCGGUUUCAAAUACUCCGUAUACAAGUUACAUUAGUAGCAAGUAUAUUAUGGCGACGGGCGUUGUAACUUUUGGUGUAAACGAACAAGAAUUCAGAUCUUUCUUUCGAGUUAACGUCGGUAUGCCGGAAAUUAGACUUCAGAUAUCUGUAAAUAGAAGUUACAUGCUAAAGGAUCACAUAGCUUUUAUGUGCGUAUGUUUCUGCGGAUUCUUGUAUAAAGUCAUCAAAUCAUUUUUCCAACAAGUAAAAUGCGGUUUAAGUCA